UGCUAGCCGAAUCCCGUGAGUUUGUUUCAAACUAACCUCGGAGAGUAAAAGACGCUCGUAUCGACGGAGCGCUUUUUCAAAACCUGAAAGCGACGUGUUAUCUGUUUUGACUCCGGCUUUUGAGAACGACUUCGUGCGCUGAUAUUUGUUUACAUUCGUGCGCCUCUUCAUCGAGCGCUUUGAUCAGUGAACUUGAUUUGUUUCAAUAUUGACUUUUUGCGUAGUUUUUUUUGUAGAACUGGCGCAAAGUGUGUGACAUUUAUUUUUCGUACCAAAACACGGAUUCAAGCUCCACCAUUCGGCCCUGUAGUAGCCAGUACUGCCAGCAGUGCUGCAGCCCGCACUCGCUGGACCAGCAGUCAGACGCGGCCAGUCCCCUUGUCGCCCCAGUCAUGGAUAGAGAUUAUUCUGCCUACCAUUUUGGAAUGACCCACACAGGGGGUCUAGAUCCGUCAGAUUUGAAAGUUGGGGGUGGUGGAAUGGUUCCACAGCACCACUCCCACGCCACACAUCCAUCUCAAACUCACCACCAUAUGACCGCAAGCCAUCAUUCUCCGACAGCGAUGACCAACAAUCAAGGCCACCAUCAAACUUCAAUGGGUUUGACGAGCAACGGUGGUACUGGAGGCGGUGGCAACAACAAUAGCGGCGGCAACAACAAUAAGAAAGACGCCGAACGAGUGAAAAGACCGAUGAAUGCCUUUAUGGUUUGGUCACGUGGCCAGCGGCGCAAGAUGGCUCAAGAAAAUCCAAAAAUGCACAACUCCGAGAUCAGCAAGAGGCUCGGCGCUGAAUGGAAAUUGCUGUCUGAAUCGGAUAAAAGGCCAUUCAUCGAUGAAGCAAAAAGACUGAGAGCUGUCCACAUGAAGGAACACCCUGAUUACAAAUACAGGCCUCGAAGGAAGACCAAAACCCUGAUGAAAAAAGACAAUCAGUUCAAGAUGAGUGGUGGAUUGAUUCCUGGUGAUACACGGCCCUCGUCGGGUGCCGUUCCUCAAGUUGGCCGCGACAUGUACUCGAUCAACGGCUACAUGCCCAAUGGAUACCCUAGCAUGAUGCAUGAAGCAGCCGCACAGGCUUACAAUCAGCAUGCAGCUUACAACUCCCACAUGUCAAACACUGGACUGUACUCUCGUUACGAAGUUCCCCAAAUGCACACACCUAUGACCACCUCACCGUCUUCGAUGUCCAUACCUUACAUGAACGGUAAUUCUAGUUACUCAAUGCCUAUGUCCUCAUACGCGUCCAUGCAGUCCUCGCAACCCAUGGGGGGCUCCAUCAAAGCAGAGCCCAGCUCCAGUGGUACAAGCAGCCCGAGCUCGAUGCCCCCCAUACCGAUUUCCAACUCACGACCCCGCUGCAACAACGAGUUACAGAACAUGAUUAUGACUUAUUUACCCCAAAACGAUGCAUCAGACCCAAAUGGUCUGAAUAGACUUCAAAUGGCUUCACAUUAUCCAGGAGUAGAAACACUUAGUUCUGGUACAAUGCCCCUCUCUCAUAUGUGAUUUUUCAAACAUACAACAAAUAUACAUUUUUAUUGUGAAAAAGAAAAAAGACUUGUACAGAUUUAAAUGGACACUGGCAUUACAAACUGUGUAUUAUUGCUGGACUGCUGAUGGCAUCAAGGCACGUAAGUAGCCUUACAAAGUUUUUUUUUUUAGUUGUGAAAACAAAAAAAAAGUUUUUUAAAGAGACUUUAAUCCAAAGUUAGCCUUAGAACUGCAUAGUUGUUAUCAUUAUCAUUGGUUGAAACUGUUAAAGACUUUGUGAACUAUUUAGUUUUAAAUGUUUUUAUAAUUGAUACCACGUUCUAUAUGUUUUAAAAUAAUUCUUCAUUAAAAAGGAAUUAAAAAAUCAAAACAGUUUUUUUUCUUCUUAAAUCUGAAAGGCACUUUUCUAACGUUUUUUCUUAUCUAAUUAUUUUUUUUUUCAAAGAUAGAUAUUUAUCAAUAUUAUGUAAACAGUGUUGAUUGUAAUGAAGUAAGGUUUUGCUGAAUGCAAAUAUUUAUGAAUUACGUUAGUAUGAGUCCGACAUGUAAUAUAGUAUAUAAAUUUUGAAAAAAAAAAAGGCAUGAAUGUAUUAUUUGUACAUAAAAAAGAAGACUUUUGUGUGAGAGAAAUUAAAUUCCCAUUUUAUCUUGCACAUCAAUGUGAUUUGCCCCUUUUUUCAAUUGAAUUCUAUUCGCUGCUGCAACAUUGGAUGUCCUAAGUGCAAUAUACCGCGAGCCGCUGCAAACGUUCUUUUUUAUAAUUAGAAUUUAUUGCGGAGAUCUCGCGAAUAUUUUAUUGUAUUGCAGAAAUAAUAUUAAAACAAGUUCUUUAUUGCUAUAAGCUUAAAAUGAUUCUUUUUAAUAUUUGAAACUGUCUAUAUGAGCACUACGAAAAGACAAUACUUAAAGUAAAAAGAAUUUUUUUUCACAUCUAUGAGUCUGAUAUAAUCAUAGUUUUGCGUUUUGAUAUUUUAUAUCUACAGAAUACAUAAAAUUUGUGUCAAUUGUUCCCUAAAAAGUAUUUUUCCGUGCAAAAUUUAUAAUUUCCUUUUUGCAAAAUUAAUAAUUCCCUUCUCCCAAAUUUUCAUCUGUGUGAAAUUUAUAUUUCCUGAAAAAUAUUUAUAGAAAUGUAUUAUUAUUUAUGUGUAUAGAUUAUAUAGUCCCAGUUUUUAAUUUUUUAUUAUUAAUCAGUUUUGAUUAGUAGACAAUAUUACUUGCGAUUUUAAAUUUUUCUUUUUAUUAAAUUAAAUUUUAAACAUUUAUAGCUAAUUCAUAACGAUUUUAAUGUUGUGAAGCAUACGAUCAGAAUUGUUCACGUAGCACUCAACCAAAAAUGAAUUUUUCGGAAUUCACAUUUUUAUCAUAUAUUUGAAUUUCAUUUAAUUCUAGCAUUAAUUUUUAUUUAAUGAGAUUAAAAAGUUUUAAAUUUAUAACAUUUUUCUAGUGUUUUUUCAAUAAAAGAAAUGUAUUUCUGUAUUGAACGUAUGUUUUUGGGAGAAAAUAUACGUUUUUCAUGUUCUAGAAGAAAAGAGAUCUUAAUUUAUUUUAAUAUAACAACAAAAGAAAAUGUAUAAUUUUUUUUCUGCUUUUCAACAAGUUUGAUUGCUACUGUAAAGGGUAAAUAUUUUUAUUCUUUUGAGUUUAUCAAUUUUAUUCCCCCCAAAAAUUUUUUAAUCUCAAUUUUAAGUUUCAAAUGAAAAUUUGGCAGCGAAGAUUCUUCUCUGAGAUGAGGAGGAUUUCCAUCUAUUUUUGCAGCAGCGAAUUAGAUUCGAACCCAUGGUUUUGUGUUCCCUCAUCUGUAUUAUACUGCCAUUUAUUGAAAAAAAGACUUUAUGUUUUAUUUGUUCAAUCAUCUGUAAAUAGUCAUAUAUGUCCUUGUAAAAAUUUCAUUUAUGACACAAUUGCUGUGUCCUCUUUCUUAGUCAAGAAUACUUUAAAAAUAAAAAAAAAUGGCAGAGAA